AUGGCUUUUGAGAAUCAUCAGAAGGAGGUUCGGGAUCGCUUCCCCGCCCUCCGGCAAGACCAGGUCUUUUUCGACAACGCUGGAGGUAGUCAGACACUUGAUACUGUGAUUGACUCCAUCAGAGACUAUCUCAGCUCUACUAACGUGCAGCUCGGCGCCUCUUACGCUGUGGGCAAGAAGUCCACGUCCGCGUAUAGCGCUGGAUACAAGGCUGCUGCCAAGUACAUCAACGCCAAUCCUGACGAGAUUGUCUUUGGCUCCUCGACCACACAACUUCUUCGCAAUCUUUCGUAUGCCCUCAAAUUUAACCCGGGAGAUGAGAUUGUCGUAUCCGGUAUUGAUCACGAGGCCAACAUUGCCUCAUGGGUAGACCUGGCGGAGCGACAGAACCUCGUUCUCAAGUGGUGGAAGCCGGCUCCCAGCACGAACCCUCAGCUGCUAGCUAAAGACUUGGUUGGGCUUUUGUCGCCAAAGACAAGACUGGUCACUUGCACACACGCAAGCAACAUUCUGGGAACAAUCACCAACGUGCGAGCCGUGGCGGAUGUGGCCCAUAGCGUUGGUGCCCUUCUUUGCGUUGAUGCUGUGGCAUAUGCCCCCCACCGGCCCAUUGAUGUCAAGGCCUUUGGCGUCGAUUUCUACUGCUUUUCUUGGUACAAGGUCUACGGGCCUCACAUCUCCAUGCUCUACGGUAGCUGGAGCGCGCAAACUCAUCUGAAGUCGCUGGGCCACUUCUUCAACCCGUCCGCUUCUCUAGAAGAUAAGCUUGGUCUUGCCGGUGCAUCAUACGAAUUGGUCCAGUCUAUUCCAAAAGUUGUCGAGUAUCUGGACUCCAAAUGGGACAGCAUUAUCGCUCAAGAAGCAAGCCUUCAAUAUGAGCUCCUAAACUAUCUCGUAUUGAAAUCGAACGUUACCGUUUAUGGUGUCCCAGGAGAGCAGACUUCGGAUCGAGUCGCAACUAUCAGCUUCUCCGUCAAGGGGUGGAACUCUCAAGAUCUCGUGGAAGCAGUGGAAAGCAAGACUAAUUAUGCUUUCCGCUGGGGGACAUUUUACUCGGACCGACUUGUUCGAGAGACCUUGGGCUUGGGCAAAGACGGGGUUGUGAGAGUGAGCAUGGUGCACUACAAUACAGUGGACGAAAUCAAGGGGCUUAUCAGUGCAAUUGAUGAGGUCAUUGGAAAUUAG